AUGUCUUGGAGCGGACAGCAACAGUAUGGAUAUGGCCAGGGCAAUGUUUACCAACAGAGUGACCAACGACAGCCAGCACCUGGUCAGUACGGUACACCAUCAUAUGGAGCACCAGCAGGGCAGCGACCAGCAUUCCAGGAUCCACAGAGUUAUGGCAGCCAACAGUUUCAGACAUCAGGCUAUGGGUCAGCUCCCCAGCAAGGCUACGGUGCAUCUCCUCAGCAAGGCUAUGGUACAUCUCCCCAACAGGGCUACGGUGCAACUCCCCAACAAAGCUAUGGUGCAUCUCCCCAACAGGGUUACGGAGGUGGCCCUCCACACCAGACCUAUGGAUCACAGCAUAUAAGUGGGCCAGCAGGCAAUUACGGCAGUGGAGGCGCACAAUUCUUUUCAGGGGCUCCGCCUGGCGUUGACCCAGAACUGUGGACAUGGUUUCAGGCUGUGGACGCGGAUCAUUCUGGAAAAAUUACGGCAAACGAGCUGCAGCAGGCUCUGUUGAAUGGAAACUGGUCACCUUUUAACGCAGAGACCUGCAGGCUGAUGAUUGGCAUGUUCGACAGAGACAGAAAUGGUAGCAUUGAUAUCCAUGAGUUUGCUGCCUUGUGGAAAUACAUACAAGACUGGAAGGCAUGUUUUGACAGAUUUGACACAGACCGCUCUGGAAAUAUUGAUGCCAAUGAACUUUCAAAUGCUUUCAAAACAUUUGGAUACCAGUUGUCACCACAGUUUAGUCAACUUGUUGUCCGGGUUUUUGACCGCAACAGAGGCGGCUACAGCAUCAACUUUGAUGACUUCAUUCAAGCCUGUGUGAUGCUGAAAACUCUCACUGACAAAUUUCGGGUCAAAGAUGUCAGUCAGAAUGGCCAGAUCAGAAUAAGUUACGAAGAGUUUCUGGAGAUGGCCCUAGACACUACCAUCAUCAAGUAG